AUGUGCACAGGCUCUGAGGACUUGUUGGCUGUUCCGAGUCUCUACGCCGACUUUACAAAGAUGAGAACAGAGAAUAAUGUGUACAGCGCCGUCUACUCUUUUGCACAUGCCCUGCACUCUCUGCUGCAGUGUGAGAACGGCCUGAACCCCACCACUGGGAAGGCCUGUGUCAGCAAGAGCCAGGUCAAGCCCAAACAUCUGCUUGAGCACUUAUAUUAUGUCAACUUCACCACACAUAGCGGUGACAAGGUGUUCUUUGAUAAAAAUGGAGACUCUGCAUCCCACUACGACUUGGUGAACUGGAAAGUCAGUGAAAAUGGCUCUGCUGCGAUUGUGAACAUAGGUCAAUAUGACAAAUCUUUACUGGAGGACAGUCUUCAAGUGAUGGACUCGAAGAUAACAUGGGGUGGACCAAACGGCAAGAUUGUGAGGUCUGUAUGUAGGGAGCCAUGUCCUCCUGGGACUCGCAAAGCUAUACAGAAAAACAGGCCUGUUUGCUGUUUUGACUGUUUUGAAUGCCCCGAAGGAACAAUCAGCAACCAAACAGAUUCUCUAAACUGUAAGACCUGCCCACCUGAGUUCUGGCCAAACGAAAUGAAAGACAAGUGCUUACCCAAACCCACUGAAUUCCUCUCCUACAAAGAGAUUAUGGGCACAUUGUUAACCAUAUUCAGUUGUGUGGGUGUAUUCCUGUCUCUGCUGGUCUUCGUUAUUUUCUUCACGCACAAAGAAACUCCUGUUGUCAAAGCCAAUAACUCUGAGCUGAGCUUCCUGCUUCUGUUUUCACUAAAACUGUGCUUCCUGUGCUCUCUCACCUUCAUGGGACGUCCCUCUGAGUGGUCCUGCAUGCUGCGCCACACUGCGUUCGGCAUCACUUUUGUCCUCUGUAUCUCCUGUGUUCUGGGGAAGACUAUGCUUGAUUCUGAACUCGUGCGCAUCGCCCAGCACCACAUUGCGAGCGGCGUUAGCCCUGGCCGGGGGUGUGGAGAGGGCUCAGUCUCCUUCUUGUGCUCCAGCUGUGUCUGCUCUCAUCGCUGA